AGCAGCGUCUCCCUGGGCCGCCAGUUCAGCGCUUCUCCUUUAAUGAGCUUUGGAAGCAGGCUCCCUUAUACACAAAACAUUGCGUAAAAAUAAUAUUGCUCAUUGUCGUCACCUUUAAUCAGAGUUGACAUAAUUACUUGGACCAUUUCUCUUCUAAUUAGCACACUUCAGCAUUGUCGGAGUGAGCGCUCAGGCAAAAAGAGAAUCAGACAGGCAUGCCGAAUGGGAAACAAAAAAGAAGUUGCUCAGCCGUAAUUAGGUAAGACAACGCCUCUGACUGUUCCCGGCUGGAGAUGUCGCUCGCUCUCUGGCCGCUCGCUGCCAACCAGUUACACUUCUUCCCGGGCCUCUAAUAAGCCCCCAAUGGUCUUUCCGAUUCACACGGACAGAGGCCGGCCGGCUCUGCUUGGGUGACUUCACCUCUCGCACCCGCCCGGGUCACCCCUUCCGAACAAUCAUUUGUGCGAUUUACCAGGUCACAGAGACAAAAUGUGGCAGAACAUUUUCCAGAACUGGUGUCACUUAAGAUAGAUUCUAAGUUUGGGCUGGACGAUGAACCAGUAAAUGAUCCCACGGUAAAUUUUCUCUCCCACGCCAUACAAAUUGUUCUGACAUGUUAGCCACACUGACACUCUCCAUAUUGCCUGUCACCACGUUUGACCGGGUCGCUGUCCGCAGACCUGCUCAUCCACAUGGAGGCAGACAGCCUGGCGGGGUUAGUUCAAACCUUAACCCCACGUUACCCUCUGAGCCCCCAACAAAUGUCAGUCCGAUGUGCCCCCCCACUUCUCAGUCUUUAAAUUAGCCGUCAAUUAGUGCAAAUUAAUCAAGAUCAAGUCCUCGCCUAAUUAAGCAAUAUCUGCGGGCAGCUACCAAACAUGCCAUUAAUUGCAAGUAGGGCCAUGAGAAAACUGCUGACCUUGCAAAACUUUUUUUUUUGUGUGUGUAAGGUUAUCAUCAUCAUCAUUUGCGGUGCUCUCGUUCCUCUUCAGACUUUUUUGUUUCCUUUUUUGCAUGCUAUAUAUAAAAAAAAAAAAAGUUACAACAGCUGUUUACUUGUUAAUCUGCAUGCUCUUUGAUGGGCAUCACCAGAUACUGUAAAGCUUCAAGCUUAAUCUGGAGCCUUAUUAGGCCGCAUCUCCGAAACAUACAAAUCACGCAGGAGAUUAGUACAAGCCAUAAACUGUUCCGCUCCCUCAACAAAAACAAAAUAUAUAUAUUUUUAAAUGAUAUAUUGUUUGUAAUCGAUAGGCCAGAGAGUGACCACCACGUAGACCCCCCCCCUCCUCCCAUUUCCCUUCCAUCUUAAUAAAUGACUAGAUCCCAACACGCUGAUGUGUCAUUAGCAUACCUUAAUAACAUUGAUUUCUUCAUUAAUGGAAUUUCCACUAAAUAGGCUCUAAUUAGUUUCAACAGGCCCAGCACUAAUCGGAGCAGCAAUAUGUUCCUGCCUCCAAAUCAGCGACUCAUUUCCAAAUGUUUGAUGUGAAUUACGACUUUGUUAGUGGAUCAGUGGAUGUGCACGCAGCGAUGACUCUCUAAGUCAAUAUUGCACUUUAUCAGCUGUGUGCUCAAGAUGAUAUGGUAAUGUAUGCAAAGGAUGCCAACAGACUGGAGCACCUGAGGUCAGUAUUAUAGUAAAGAAAUACUGUGCCAUGCAUUUAAAUGCGCUUUUAAUUCUCAACAGUAUAGACUGCUCUGCUCAACAAAGCAUUGACGUGUGCCUGUCACUGCCAAGUGAGUCAAAACACAUUAAGUGGCAUGUUUGACUGCACUCGUCAUGCUAAAGUACUUUAAACAGUGCGUUUGAAAAAUAAUAUAUGUAUUGUCUAUUGAUAUUAUGACUAUUUCUAUUACUAUUAUUAAUAGCAGUAGUAGGUGGGCAUAGCGCUUAAGCCGUCAGGGGUUGUUUCAGUUUAUUUAAUUAUUUUAUAAAGGCUAAAGAGCCAUUUAAGGAAGAAAAGAAAAAACAAACGCCAAAUGAAACUAAUUAUUUUUAUUGCAUAUGUAUUUUAUAUUAAGAAAUAUUUUGAACAAAGUCAAACAAGAGGCAUGGCGUGAUGAGUUUUCAUUAUUGAUACAUUUAUUUAUAAAUGUCAUUAUUUCUAAAUGUAUGUACAGAUUUGAUACUCGUAUUGCAUUCACAUUCCUUUACGUCCGUUAAUGUAUAAUGAUACCAUGAUUAAGGCUAAAAUCUUUGACCUAAUCCCCUAAAUAUAUUUUCAGCAAUUAAUUUGUGAAUAUUCUUGAACGAUAAUGUCUAUGUGAACGGUAAGUAUUAUUAUUGUUAUAUCAUUAUUCUAAUGUGACUUGGCCGAUUUCCAGCCACUUUUAUGUGCACUCGGCCGAUACGUGUAUCAUCUUUCUCUUUUCUGUCUGCCCUUGAAAGUAUUGCUGGGGGAUUAUGACGCGAUGCUGGGUCCACGGAUGCAACAAACAAUCACCCAGAACGCGCUGGCUCCACGUCGUUGGUCCACCUGUCGUGUUUUUGAGGGCCUUUGAUGAAGCCCCAACGCACAGAGCCACGCACACAACAUCUGGAGAUCAAUUAUGCGUCGAUGAGCUGCAGAAAAAAAAAAAAGAAAACAUGUUAUGGCCAUGCGUUUUGGAAUCCUGAAUCCUCGCUGCUGAUUGGCUGCUGGGCCCUGCCUCUCGUCGGGAUGGACCUGUUGGAUAAAGGGACCAUUUUGUAAAGGAGCCCCCGCAUGCACUUGUGCACAGAGGACCAUGCACUGGGGAGCAGCCUGUUAUAUCCACUAAAAAAAAAAAAGAAAGGGAAGAAAAAACUCCCUGUUGAAGCCAAGCCACCAUGACGGGCAAACAAGGCGCGGUGUUAUCGGCAACUUUGAACCCCGUGGAGACGAGAAGAACUCCUCUGGGUUCAAAUGGAGGCAGCAGCGUUAACAACCAGCAGCAGCCGGUCAAGACCACCGUGAUCCACCCGCCAAGCAGGUGCACGGGAUUCGGAAUCCAGGAGAUCCUGGGGCUCAACAAGGAGCCGUCCGCGGCCCCGAGGAACCCGCUCAGCUCAUUGCCGACAGGGGCGCAUCUCAUCGCGGCUAGGUCCAUGCUGGGCCAUGCCAGCGUGGGUGUCGGGGUGGGAUUAAUCGGCCCUGGUGGGAUUCCUGCGUUUUACCGUCAGCCAGCGUUUUUGGAGAGCGUGCUGGAGCCGCAGGAUGUUCACCUGCGGCCGCACAACAACACCUCUGCAGGGCGGAUGGACGCCGGGCAGUCUGCAAGCUCAGACUCUGAGGAUUUGUCUUCCAGUGAAAGAAAACUGCCCAAAUCUUCAAUAGCUCAGAGCAAGAAACGCAAGAAAAGACGUCACAGGACCAUAUUCACCUCGUACCAGCUGGAGGAGCUGGAGAAGGCCUUUAAUGAGGCUCAUUACCCGGAUGUGUACGCACGAGAGAUGUUGGCCAUGAAAACCGAAUUACCUGAAGACAGAAUACAGGUGUGGUUUCAGAACCGCAGAGCCAAGUGGAGGAAGAGAGAGAAGUGCUGGGGUCGCAGCACCGUCAUGGCCGAGUACGGCCUCUACGGGGCCAUGGUCCGGCAUUCCAUCCCUCUGCCGGAGUCCAUCCUCAAGUCAGCGAAGGAUGGCAUCAUGGAGUCCUGUGCGCCUUGGUUGCUAGGGAUGCACAAAAAGUCCAUGGAGACCCCGCCGCCCCCUCAGCCGGCGGUCGCCAAUCGUGACGAGCCGCCGCUGCAGCCUCAGCCGCCGCCGCGACCCGGCUCUCAGAGGGCCGAAGACUCUGAGGCAGAGGAGAGGAGGUCGAAGGGCGAGUCAGUCAUUUCUAAAGAAGAACUGAGAGAGAACAGCAUCGCUGCCCUUAGGGCCAAAGCGCAGGAGCACAGUGCCAAAGUGCUCGGGACGGUUUGUCACGACCGACCGGAUGAGGACCAGCGGGAGAAGUCCGGCGCUCCUUCGAGUCCUGCCGAGGAGGCGAGAAGCCCUUAAAAGACUGAAUGCAGGGCGCUGACUUGUCAUUGGCUCUUCUCAAGCAGCCUGCAUCUGGACUCUCAUGAGGAUGAUUCACUGCGAUACAGAAGAUGCAGACGCACUUUUUGGGGGGUUUACAUUUCCAAUGCAAACCAUCCUGCCAACGAUCCGCUCAUAAGGAGAAAAACUUAAUUGUUGUUCUGUGUUCUGCUGUAUAUCAUGGGUUCUCAAAUCUUUGGGGUCCAGGGAACCCUGACAUGGAAAAAAAACUAAAGUCAAAUGAUCCCUUCAUAAAAUUGACACCAAGAAGCCCAAUUUUUCUGCAGACCCCAUAGUUACAGCUUUACAGAUGUGUGGUCAGGGGAGCAUCAUAAGUUAAAAGAAAAUACUGGUAACAGAAAAUGAAUAUUAAUACACGUAUGUCCAUUGAUCUUUAUGUAUGACAAAUUUUGAACAUUUUUAUAGUCUAAAGCGCUGAAAUUGCAUAUUUCCUGUUCAAAUACAAAGGUGAAACGCUUUGUUUUGCUGAUAGGACAUAAAGCCGCAGUAGGCACAGGUUGCGCGUUACACUACCACACUGAAGGGGGCGUACGUGAGCCAACAGGUGCUGCCCCAUUUUUGUUUUGCCGUCGAGGUAGACGGCUGUCACAAUGCACAGAUCUCUGUCUUUUUUUUGCGUUAUGUAGCUAAAAGUGGACUGGGAAGUGAUGGAAGCGUUUUGGGGAUGUGAUGGCGUGAGUGAUGAUAGAAGCGCCCCUUGGAGAAAUACAGUUGUUGUGGAAAAACUAGUAUGACGGAGCAGCUGCAAUGGCAUCCAAGUUUAAUUCAUGGGGUCAAAAUCUACAAACAAAGGUAAGACCACAAUCUGCUGAUGAAAUCUGAAAUAAACCGGUAGCAAAUUGUAUAAUUUAUUCAAUUAAGCUACCCUUUUGGGUUUAUAUAUUUAUAAAUUUGACUCUGAACUUCACUGCAGCUUCCCGGACCUUCAAUUUGAGAACCACUGCUGAUGUAUUCCAUGAUACAAUGUGAAUAUUUUCACGUCCCCCACCCAAAAAAAAUGUAUCAUUCACAAAGCAUCCAAAAGAAAAAAACAAACAUCUUUUUAUUAAUAAAUGUGAUU